AGGAAGCAAUGACAAAAGUUGGAAAAGGCACGAACCUGACCAGAGAUGGAAGCAUUUAUUUAAGGGCAUGCAAGAGACAGUCUGGCAGUGCAUGAUGGGAUAAAGAGGGACCAAGGGAUAUUUGGGUAACUGGAUGGAUGGCACUAUUAGCUGAGAAUAAAGAAAUGAUAGACAGUAUUUCUAUUUUGAGAUGCCUAUCAGACACAUGGAGCUACCUGGCAGGCAGUGGUAUUCACCUUGAGUUCAGGAAAUUAAUAUUGAUAUUGGACCCACAGUAGUCAAUCAUCCUGCAUGAGAUCCAUGAGGGUAUCACCUUUUUCACAGGCAUAUUUGAAAAUUUUUAUAAUUAAGAGAAAUCCUCUGUGAUCUGUGUACAAUUGUGAAAUUUCCACAAAGUGUACAUCCUACUGCCAAGUUGAUCUUCACCACUCCUUUUUUUUGGGGGGGGGGGAAUCAUACUCAGGGUUCCUUCUAGUGGUGCUUAGGAGACCAUCUGGGAUGCCGGAGAUUGAACUCGGGUCAGACGCUUGCAAGACAAACGCCCUACCCCCUGUACUAUCGCUCGCCCCCUUCACCAUUCCUGAUCUUGUUAAUACACUCAGCCCAGCUAUAAUUCCGGAGCCGCCAGGAGUGAUCCCUAAGUACAGAGUAGCCCUCAAAACUGCUGGAUGUGAUCCAAAAUCACGAACAAAACAAGAAACGCCGACUUAGCCAAAGUAAAAACAAAACAACAAACUUAUAUUUGUCAGGAGUCACAGCUCCUCAAACACAUUAGCCAUGUGAUCCUGCACGUCUUAAGUGGUGGAGGGGGAAAGAGGUCAGGUGUACCUUCAAAAUAUGAUUUGGAAUGAAAAACGCACACAAUGCAGGGGAUCAUAAAGCAAGGUGAUAGAUACUCUGCACACACAGCUGCCAAGGCGCAGGAAUCCGGUUUGAAGCAAAGCUGUUUCCGGCAUUCCCACAACCCCCUCGACUCCGGCCCCGCCUCCCGCGUGGCAUCGCUGUCACUAUGGCAACAAGCACACAGCCGCGGCGGUUACUCUAGGCGGGCGCACGACUCCGAGGUCUGUCCCGACCCCGCUGACUCCCUACAUUGACCUCCUUCGGACGAAGGGCGAAGAGCCCCGGUGCAGAAUGGCCAGGGGGACCGCCCCUUCCCCGCUGGAGGACUUGGACCUGAGCGGCGAGGAGGUCCGGCGCCUGACCUCCGCCUUCCAGGACCCCGAGUUCCGGCGCCUCUUCUCCGAAUAUGCCGAGGAACUCACGGACCCGGAGAACCGGCGGCGCUACGAGGAGGAGAUCACCGCGCUGGAGCGUGAGCGCGGCGUGGAGGUGCGGUUCGUGCACCCGCAGCCGGGCCACGUGUUGCGCACCAGUCUGGACGGGGCGCGACGCUGCUUCGUGAACGUGUGUAGCAACGCGCUGGUGGGCGCGCCCAGCUGCCGGCCGGGAGCCAAGGCCGCGGUGGCCGGCAGCCACUGGUCUCUGCCCUACAGCUUGGCCCCCGGCCGCGAGUACGCCGGGCGUGGCGGCACCCGCUACACCGUCUACGACGUGGUCUACCACCCGGACACGCUCGCGCUGGCCCGGCGUCACGAGCCCUUCCGCCAGAUGCUGGACGCCACGGCCCUGGAUGCUGUGGAGCGGCAGUUCCACGUGAAGCUGGACCGCAGGAAUGCCAAGACCUUGAAGAUCAAGUACAAGGGGACCCCGGAGGCAGCCGUGCUACGCACGCCCCUGCCCGGGGGCGCCCCUGCCCGGCCGGACGGGGAGCCCGAGAAUCCUCUCCCCGAUUUCCCUUACCCCUACCCCGCCGCCGCGGGGAGCUCCGCGGCCCGCCAGCCGCCCGCGGCCCCCCGGCCCGAGGCGGUCCCGCCGGCCGCCCCCACCGAGCCUCGCUACAGCGUGGUGCAGCGCCACCACGUGGACCUCCAGGAUUACCGAUGCUCGCGGGACUCGGCCCCCAGCCCGGUGCCCAAGGAGCUGGUGGUCACCAUCGAGCUGCCGCUGCUCCGUUCCGCGGAGCAGGCGGCGCUGGAAGUGACGGGGAAGCUUCUGAGCCUCGACUCGAGGAAACCCGACUACCGGCUGCGGCUCUCGCUCCCGUACGCGGUGGACGACAGCCGCGGCAAAGCGCAGUUCAACAAGGCCCGGCGGCAGCUGGUGAUCACGCUGCCCGUGGCGCCGGGGGCCGCGCGCCCGGGACCCGCUCUCGAGCCGGAAGAGCCGGCCGGAACUGACGGCGCUCCCUGCGCUUCCGCCGGCGACGGGGAGGCGGGCCCGGCUGGGGGGCGCGCGGGGGACCGAGCCUCGAGUCCCAGCCACGCCGCGCCAGGGGACGCCGCGAUCCGCGACUCGCCCGCCGCAGCCGGAGAGCCGCUCGUCUCCGCGCCGGAGGGACGCGACUGUGGAGAGCGAGUGGCGACCGCCGCGGCUAGCGAGGAGGAGGCGCCCCCCGGAGCCGGGGGCUCCCGGUGCCCUUCACCUGCGGACCCAAGAGGAAACGUGUGCGGCGCUCUGGGCUCGGAGACGCACGUGGCGCCGUUGGAUGGAGCCAUGGGAGGCCCCGACGCCAGUCGCGGGGUAGCUUUGUGUCCACCUCUGCAGUGUGACCAGGACGGAGAGUCCCUGACUCUGCUCGUUCGAGUGCCCCGCAUCCAGCCGCAAAGUCUUCAAGGGGACUUGAGCCCCCAACGGUACAAACUAGUCUUCUCCACAGAGGACUCUGUGUCUUAUUCCUUCUUGUUGCAGUUUGCUCCAGAGAAUAAACUGAGCCCCAGAGAACCUGUCAUUGACAUCUCUUCAAACAAUGCAGUGAUCGAAUUCGCCAAAUCUCCAGAGAGCCAUGGACAUUGGAGAGAGUGGUAUUACGGUUUAAACGACGAUUCUCUGGAGGAAAGAUUGUUUGUCAAUGAAGAUAAUGUUAAUGAGUUUCUUGAAGAAGUCAUGAGUUCUCCAUUCAAACAGACAAAUCCUCUAGCCUCACCAUUAAUAGAAGUUCUGCAGGUUACUGACAGCAAAAUUGAAAUUCAUGCAAAGUUGCAAGAAAAUAGUAACUCUGAUCAGCUUCAUGAAAAAGAAGAAAGAGUCAAUGAAGGAAGUCAUCUUGCAGAAAAAGAAAAUAUAGAAUUUCCUACUACCUCAAAAAAUAAUUCUGAUUCAUCCUUUAUCGUUAAAGUACUAGAAACAGAUGGUUGUGAUUCAGUUGCAUGCUUGCAGCAAGACUCAAUUGAUGGUUCUCAAAUACUAUCUGGAAAGUCUCAGCAACCUGAAUCAGAAAUGAAACCAGAAUAUAAACAAGAAAAAGACGCUAUUUUCUCAAAGGAGGAAAAAGAUAAUUCGAAAGGAAAAGAAAUAACUGAAGAGAAAGAAUUUGAUGGAGAUUAUCUGUCUUCAGUACCAAAUAAAACUAGAGUUCACAGUAUACCUGGUUUUGACACCAUUAAAGAAACCAAUAUGCAGGAUGGUAGUGUGCAAAUUAUUAAGGAUCAUGUGACCAACUGUGCAUUCAGCUUUCAGAAUUCUCUGCUGUAUGACUUGGAUUAAUUCUAUAUAUGUCUAGAAAGGUAAAAGAAUAAAACUUAUAAAACUUAAAAUAGGUCCUGUUAAGUCCUGUUAUUUUUAAAAUGAGAUGUGCAAGAAAGUAUAAAAUUAAAUUUGGAGGGUGGAGAGAGUAUAAUGGGUAAAGGCUACUUGGAUGUGACCCAAAAGCUAAAAAAAAUUAAAAUCUGUAUUAAGGGGGAAACAAGAUUUUUAUUUAAUUUUUAUUUUGGAUCUAGAUAGUUUAUACAAAGCUUCCUGAUCAUAAAGAUACAUUUUAUGAUUUAUAUAUAGAUAAAAUGGAGUUCACUAUUAAUUUAAUAAAGUUAACUUAUGUAUGUCUUCGCUUCCUUUGUUUCAGAAUAUCCCUAAAUGGCGUGCCACAUAAAGUUAUUACUAAGAAUGCAGUUCACUAGAAAUACGAAUGUGUGUUAUUUGGAAGAGUAGAAUCUCAAAAUAUUUAUGAAUCUCACUAGGAUGUUAAAAUUGAUUCUUAGUGAAAUGAACUUCACUAAACAGCAGCCCACCAAUAAUAUAAAUACACCAAAUGAAACUAUUUUUGUUUCAACUCUACUUCAGUCUUUUGUUUGUCAUACAAAACAUAUGUUCUAUGGGUUAUUUUGUAAUAACUGAAAAUUUAGUUAAACUUUUUUGGAAGUUAUAUUUCUAAAAUAUAUUGAUUUUAUAGAAUACCUUUAGGAACUUUAGAAUAGGAUAAAGAAAUCUAGAAGUCUGUAAACAUAGCAAAAUUGUUAUAUAUCACACAAAAACAACAAAAAGCCUGUUUUGUAAACAGUUUGUAUUAUAACACCUUGAGAGGGCUGCAGGUAGUUUCUGUGACUGGUUAAAUUAUUAGUUUUGUAACCAGUAGAUAAUCCUAGAUUUCUCAAAAGAUUUUUGGAGAGCAACCCAGGACAGCUGAGAAUAACCAAAGCACCCAAAAUACAAUCCAGCAAGUUUUAGGAUCAUUUAAAAGAUAACAGGAAGUAAAAUCUUUGCAGAUCUAGUUGCUAAGCCGAAGGCCUUGAGGUGAUCCAGUUACCUUAGUCCUAGAUAUCCUAUAACUUUAGUCCUUUGAACUGGGAAGGUUAGAGCACACACAACAAACUGGUACAAAGUCUGACAGUUCAUUGAUUUUUUCAUUUACAACCUUGGUAAAAUCUGAAGCCAGAUGGAGCUGGGGCAUUAUAAAGGUAGCACAUAAAGCAGAAGAAUUUUAUUUACCUUAUCUUCACUGUAAUCCUGUUAUUCAUCAAUUUACUUCAGCGGGCACCAGUAACGUCUCUAUUACAUUCAGCCCUGAGAUCUUAGCAGCCUCUCCUUACUCAUCUUUCCCAACGAUUGGAGGCUUUUUCAGUGUCAGAGGAAUGAGAUCUAUCGUUACUGUUUUUGGCAAAUCGAAUAUACCACGGGUAGCUUGCUAGGCUCUACCGUGUGGGUGGGCUACUCUCGGUAGUUUGGCAGGCUCUCCAAGAGGUAUGUAUAUAUCUUUUACUGUAUUUGGGAUAUGAAUACACCACGGGGAGCCUUACCUUACUCACCUUAGAGAAUACUAUUUCAACAAUUUAGUGAAAAGAGACUGAUAUGCUGUUUUCUUUGAAAUGGAUGUACACAAAUUGGUUUUGAAUUUUUGGUUGAAGCCAAUUUACAUGCAGCUAAGGAAAACAUUUAAAUACAUAGAAAAGGGGCUAAGAGAUAGUAUAAAGCAGGUAAGGCAAUUGCUUUGCAGGUAGGUGCUCCAUCUGGGUUUGAUCCCUGGCAUCCCAUACGGUCCCCCAAACAAAGCCAGGAGUAAUUCCUGGGUGCAAAGCCAGGAGUUAACCUCUGAGCAUCACUGAGUGUGACCCCAAAAACUGGGAGACGGGAGAAGAGAAAUCCUUUAUUCAGUCUGCUUCCAAUUACUGUGUCCUUUCAAAAAGUAUGAUUUCAUGGGGGCGGAGCAAUAGUAGGGUGCUUGCCUUGCACUUGGCGGGCCAAGAACCACCAGGAGUAAGGAGUUAAGGCCUGAACACAGGAGGGUGUGGCCUAAAAAGCAACAGAAAGCACAAAAGCACCAUUUCUGUUAAACUACAGCAGGCAUCCCAGUAUGUUUCACUUGGCAUGACUGAACUUUGUAUAAUUUGAAAACAAAUUAGACUUACUUCACUUUACAGUUUUUUUUUAAAUCUGUGUAAUCUUGGCUAAUC